AUGCCGCGACUUUGUCGCGUUUUCGGUCGCGGCUCACGAGUGCGCCUGAUCGCAUUUCAAGUAGGCUUGCCUCUGUCUGCGUCAGCGAUCUACCUAGCCGAGCGCAAGGUUUCUCUUGAACUCGAGCAAGGUAUUCCAAUUUGCCAAUUGCCAUCUCGUCUGAUGAAACAGAGGACAGUUUCAGCUAUUUAGAUUUACUUUUUCCCCAUCUCCUCAAGUUUGAUGUUCUUUAUUCAGGUGAAAGCUCCGAAGCUGAUCCUUGCUAUGUCUCGAAUUGGGCAGAGUGGGGCGAUUGCAGUGUUUCUUGUGGAAGUGGCGUCCACUCCAGAUCCCGCACUAUCGUCGGGACAACUCAGGACGGAUGUCCUGCACUCACGGAGACAGCGGUCUGUGACCUAGCGCUUUGCGGUAUUGUUAACUGGAUGUCAACGUUCGUAUUUGUUACAACUAAGUGCAUCUCUGUUAUCGCUGCUUUUUCGCUAAGGAGUCGUUCUUGACAUUUCUAUGCACAUUAUCGUUCUACUCUCCCUAGAUAAGGGUCUUCAAGAAGAAUUUGUGUCCGCUGCAAAAAAUGAGAUCUACUUCUUCAUUCAUAUUUAGCCAGUGGUUGAUCUAGUCCAUCAUAUUUUUUAUUUUUUCUGUUUUCGCUUCUUUUCCAAAACACCACUUAGGAACAGCUGAGAGCUGAAAGCUUCUCAACCUCCUCAGCAAGUUCGUUAAAUCAAUGCCUUACACUCUUUGGCUUUAAAGUUAUUUUUGCUAUUGACUGUCUCUUCACGUUCACUCCUCUUCUAGACACCUGAAAUAUUACCUUUAUUGUUCCAGUUGUGAACUGCAAAGUGACACCCUGGGGCCCGUGGAGCCUCUGCGAUUCAGAAUGCGAAAAGGAAAGGAAGCGGACAAUCGAAGUGACUCCAGGACCAGGUGGAUCGCAAUGUCCCGAGCUAAGCGAAAAAGAAAAAUGCGAACAAAAGGAUUGCAGUAUCAAAAAAUAUCGAUAUCUACGUGAUCUUGCUGGUUCUUUAUUGUGCACUCCCAUCAUCUUCUUUUCUGAAUAUCUGAUUUCUCAUUCUCUCAAGUUCAAGUUCUAGUUCAUGGUUGGCAUUAAUUCAUCUUUCUCUGGUACUAGGUAAGUGUGGUUUAUGUUGCGGUUGAGUUACCUACAUUAUGUUUUCCUCUAUAUUAGUACCGUCCUCGUCUUUGUUCUCCAGCUAGCAAUUGCCAAGUAUCGCACUGGAGCUCGUGGGGCUUGUGCAGUACAACCUGUGGCACCAGUGUGCGAACGCGUGUUCGCGACGUGCUAGCCCAGCCUGGCGGGUCGGGUGCAGCGUGCCCUGAUCUAGUGGAGUCGGAGGAUUGCUCAGUUCCGAGCUGUAAUCCCUCUGGGUCGGUGGCUGCGGCGACGCUGCGCGCGGCAGUGGACGAGGAGAUUGAACCCGGUGUCAUUUUUGCGCUCUCUUUAGCAAUCGCAGCGGUCUUCAUCGGCAUCAUCUUGUACUUGUGCCCCACAAACCCCCUGAAGAAAGAACCGGUACCAGCGACCAAUGCGGUAAUGCAGCGUCCGCGACCCGACCCGCCGCAGGAGGAUCCGCCACAGCCGAGGCGCGAUCACAGGACGGUGAGGGACUCUGCUGGCAGUGGGCGCGGCUUUUUCGAUAGCUACCAGGCUAAAGUCAACCGUGAUCACAACAACCAGGGCCAGCGCGUGCCUCCUCCAGCGGGCUCGCGCGUGGUGGAUACUCCAGGUAGCGGCAGAGGGUGGGAAGACAGUUUCCACCACGAACGCCGAGAGCGUAUAUCCAAAGCGCAAGAGGACCAAAUGAUAAAGAGGGUCAGCGACAAACAAAGAAGUAGCGGCCAGAGCCAAACACAGGCAGGUGGUGGUGUGUUCACGUCCUCCCGAGCGAGAGGCGGAGAGGGUGAAGCAGCGGAAGACCCGACCGCGCCACUCCUAGAGGAAGGCGGGGAGGACAUCGACGUGCCGACAGAGGAAACUAAGAGUGCGAGCAAACAGCGAUCCUCAACGGUAUCGAUGGCAGCAAAUACUACUAGUGCUAGGGCUAGCAAAAUUGAUGAUCGGCCUCGGCGUUCAUCGCGGUCCUCGACGUCACAUCACGGUGAUGGUAGCGGCCAUUCACCUGAACGCCCUUCGUCGUCGUCGAAUCGACUGAGCGGCCAUUUCCGCUCGAGCCGCAAGAGUGCGUCUCGUGGACCACCGCCCGGCGUCCCUCCAAGUAGUCAAGCUCAAGACGUUGAGGCGGCGCUUACCCUCCUUGGAGACAUUUUACGCCGCAGUACUCCAACGACAUCUGCGCAACAGCAAGACCGACGACGAUCGUCUAGAUCGCCUACGAGCGGCGACCAGCGAGCAUCCACUACUCGCAGCAGCCAGCGGAAAUCGUCUUCUGCAGAAUCUCCCUCGACGUCACGAAAAAGCAGAUCUUCCAGAACAGGCGACGAACCACGCGUCUCUUCAUCUAGAACAAGAGGUAGUGCUUUUGUCGAGGCAGAACAAGUCGAUGAUCAACAAUAUGGAGAGCGUAGUAGAGACGAGGAAUCCCAGUCCGGAAGUAGUUCUGGAUAUUCUUCAUCUUUGCGUCAGUCUGGACGCGGUGACGUGGUUGAGCGGAAGAGUGCACAUGCUAAAAACGACGCACUGGAAAGCGAGCAUAGUGGAUUUGAAGACUUGCAGCGCAAGAGGGCUAGCACCAAACGCUCUUCCGACCACCGGGAAGGCAACCAUAAUGCAGAACUAGGCCAGGAAAGCCCACGUCACGACGCGGGACAUCACCAGAAGAGCCAUCAUGAGGGAGAUGAACAUCGCCGGGAGAGCCAUUCUAGUUCUGGCGGUCCGAUUCUCUACUAUGGGGAGACCGCAGAUGAUGGUGCGGGCGGUACCCCAGACCUCGAAACGACCGUUGAGCAACUUGUCGUUGGUCCGGACGAGGAGACGAGCUUUCAAAGCGACGAUCCGGAACACUAUGACGACGUCGAGGAUGAAUGCGAGAAAGAGGGUCAUGAUGAUCACGAGGAUGGACGAGGACGCGGAGGGCCGUCAACAGAGACAAAUGUAGUAGAAGGUGAAGCAGACUCAACGAGUUCGUGGAGCCCUCAGCCGAAUCGUGGCAUCCUAAUGGGUUCCGGCUCACGGAGGGGCGACAAACGAGUCUCAUUCGCGCACCCAGAGCGCGAAGAACGCGUUCUCCGGAUCCCCAUCGAAGGUGACGAGAGAAGCACUGAGGAGCGGUCGGCCGAUGAGCAGUCCUCCACGAGAGUCGCUUCAUUCCUUAGCGGGUUUCUUGCUUAAGAAUACGCAUUCAUCAACACGAGUAAGAUGGAAAUGGACAAGCCGUAGUUCUAGUUGAAAAUGACGAGAGAAUGAAGAUGCUAGUUGUAAGACUAGAAAUAGCAUGGUCAUCUUGAAGUUCGUCAUUGUACAAUGUACCGGUGUUGUUGUUUUUUUCUUUUUCGAGAACAAAGGAAGCUGAUCAUUAUUUAAGUAACAGAAAUUGUCCACAUGAAUGUCUAAUUCGGUGCAGCUCACAGCGACCUGUGAUGCACGCAGUAUAUCUGUCAAAUGUCGCAUAAAACGUACAAUUUAGAAGUGUAGUUUUGCUUCUACUCCAGCGGUUGCGCGUCGGGGUAAUUAUUUUAAACAUGUUUAUUAUGUUCUUGUAGACCAUUUUGUUUGUGGGUCAACUUGACCAUUGAUUCUAUCUAGUUCCCAGAAUAUCAUAGACAUAGAUGCGAUGAACAGGCUUAAUAAUACCUCUCAUUCCAGGGUAUUUUCGUUCUACUUUGUGUUGUUAAUGCAAUUUUAGAUGUUGAACAGGAUGAGCAACCAAUGAAUAUUUUUGAUAGCCUGCACAGGCUAGUCAUUUUCAGGGUCUUCAUGUAUUAAUAACAUGUUUAAUCCUUUUCCCUGAUGUCGUGUAGCAACAAGAACGUAUAGUCAAAUGAAUCAGUUUUGAGCGAAACACGGGCACGGCAUGUUCAUGUAUUUGAUUUUACAGCACCGCCAAACUCUCAAAGAGUUGGAAUUUCUCGUCGACAUGAUGCAGUUACAAAGCUAAAAAUAUCUUCAAGCGACUCCUUCCAAGAAAAAACAGACUGUUUACUUGUAUUCGUAUGAAAUUGAAUUUCCUGCCUGCUGCAGCGCCGGUGAUUCCUACAAGAAACUCACGAAUUUGCGCAGAGUGCUAGUUGAUGUGUCCG